AUGCGUCUCUUCAGUGCGCUUGCCUGUGCCAUUGGCGCCGGUCUCGUGGCCGCGCAGCAGCAGCAGGUCCUCACCGUAUCACCCACGGUUGCCAAGAAGUCGCAGUUUGGCCUCUGUGCCUUUAUCGAGAACAAUAUCAACUCGGCCACUGAUGGAGGCAUCUAUGCUGAGCUGAUUCGCAACCGUGCCUUUCAGGAGGGCGGCACCUCUUCCAACGUCGGCACUGGCACGCUGGCCUACUGGAAUGCGACGGGCGGUGCCAAGCUGACGUUGACAAAGGCCUCGCCCCUGUCGCAGGCCCUUCCCCAAUCGGUCCUCGUCAGCGGUAACAGCUCCACGAGCGGAUUUCUCGGCCUGCGCAACUCGGGCUUCUUUGGCAUCCCCGUCCGUGCUCAUCGGUACACCGUCGUUUUCUAUGCAAGGGCCAACUCGGCAGCUCAGACGACGUUCAAGGCGAGCCUGACCAACAGCGCUGGUGACAAGGUGUUUGCGUCGGCCACUAAGCUCGUGUCUCUGACGGGCCAGUGGCAAAAGGUCGAGAUGCAAAUCGACAGCACGACGCAGGACAACGCUCGCGACAACGCCUUUGCCCUCGAAAUGGCAAAGGGAACCAGCCCCGUGGUGCAGCUCAACUUCAUCAGCCUCUUUCCCCCUACCUGGAAGGGCACCACUGCCCGCGCCGACCUCGCCCAGGCCAUUGCGGACCUGAAACCCGUCUAUUUCCGCCUCCCGGGCGGCAACUCGCUCGAGGGCAACAACAUCGCCGAGCGCUUCACGUGGAGCAAGGCCGUCGGCGACGUCAUCACCCGGCCAGGCCGAAAGGGAACCUGGGUCGGCUGGGAUACGGACGGCUACAGCCUCCACGAGGCGUACAAGCUCUUUUCUCAGAUGGGUGCCCAGCCGAUCCUGGGCGUCUUUGCCGGCUACACGCUCGACCAAAAGGCCGUGCCGCAAUCACAGCUGCAGCCGUACGUCGACGAGGUCGCCAACCAGAUCCACUACCUCCUCGACCCGCAGGGCUCGAGCGCGCUGGCCAAGCAGCGUGAGCAAGACGGACAACCAGAGCCGUGGAAAUUGCCGUAUGUGCAGAUUGGCAACGAAGACUGGUUGUCCGAGGUAGGAAAGACGACCUACGACCAGUACCGGCUCGACGCCUUUUCCAAGGAUAUCACGACGGCCACGAGCAGCAAGGGCAACGUCAAGCUCAUCGCGUCGUCGCCCUAUGUGAGCCCCAAGAGCAGACUGCCAGAUGUGGACCAGCACGACUACAACACGCCCGACAACUUCAUCCGGCGCUGGUCCGAGAGAGACAGCUGGGCCCGCAACAACACGGGCGUCCACGAGCUCGAGUUUGCCGUCAUCAACACGGGCAAGUGCCAGGGAAGCCUCUACUCGAAUGCGUGCCGGCUCAAGUACCCGACGCUGAUUGGCGCCGUGGCAGAGGCGACAUUCAUGAUGGGCCUCGAGCGAAAUGGCGACAUUACGCCCUCGGCGGCGUAUGCGCCCCUCUUCCACAACGUCGCCUCGGUGCAGUGGACGCCGGAUCUCAUCGCGUUUGACAGCCAGGGCCUGGUCAAGUCGACGAGCUACUACACGCAGUGGGCCUUUGGAAACAACCGCAUCGACGGCAUCCACACGGUCAAGUCGUCCGCCCCCGCUGGGCCCCUCUACUGGAGCGUGGGGACAUCGACCGACAAUGCCUACAUCAUCAAGCUGACCAACGUCGAUGGCAGCGCGCACCCCAUCACGGUGCAGCUCGAUGGCGGUCUGGGCUUCUCAUCGACGACGACGGGCACUCUCUGGCAGCUGAGCGGCACCGACAAGGAGGCCAACAAUGACCUGUCGAAGCCAAACAAUGUCUUGCCCACCACGCGAGCCCUCGCGCCGUCCGACUUUGGCGCGGGCCGCACCCUGAAGCUCACGCUGCCACCCAACAGCUUCACCGUCGUGCGCCUGCCAGCGGGCGCCGAUAGCCCCAAGUAA